GCGUCGUACCUUGUUCUUCUAGUUGCUAUAAACAUUCAAGAUGGCGGAGGGCGGCGGAGCUGCCGCCGCUACCCCGAAGUUCAACAAGAAAUCCUUCGAAUUCAAGAUGUGCAAGAAGGUGGCAGAACUCACUCAAGUAGUCCACAUGCUCUUCGUGAAGAACCAUGAGAAGGAAGUCGAGCUGGAGGCCGUCAGGGUCGCUUAUGAGGAGGAAAUUUCCAAUGUUAUUGCAGACGCACGGAGCAAAAUCAAAAAGUUGCAACACUGCUUGGCCGCGGAACAGAGGAGGGGCGAGGAGGCAAAGAAAGGUUUCGAGCAAGAUUUUGAAGAGAGGGAGAAGCUGCUAACGCAGAAGCUCGCUGAGAACGAAGUCAGAGUGAUUGAACUUAGGAAGGACAAUGAUUUCAUGAAAGACCAAGUUGUCAGACUUCAGAGAAUCGUGGACGACUCAAAGUCAAAGGAGCUUGUGACAGGCUUGGGCGAAGAUGAAGUCAAGCAAUUCCAAAAGCAACUCGAUCUUGCCCAAGCCGAGCUGGAAGCGAAGACCGUGGAAUUUGAGAGACUCCGGGAAACAAUCAGCAAAGAAAACGACAAGCGGAGAGAAAAUGACGCAGUCGUCCACCGGCUCCGAUCUGAAAUGGAACAAGUGCAAUCAGAGUUGAGCUUACAAAUGGAAGACUUGAAAAACGAACUACUGGAGACCAGUAAUGGAAAGGAAAGACUCCAGCAGAGGAAUAAGAAUCUGGAGUCGGACCUCCGGAAUCUUAAGAAAGAGUUGGAGAGUCGUCGACAGUCUGAGUUUACCGUGCAACCUGCGCCAAGGUCUUCAAAAUCACCAGGAGAAGGCAUGGAAUUCAGCGAAGAAUUGGAACGCCUUCGCCGUGAGGUCCGCAUGUACCGCAUGGAGCUCAGCAACCGGGAAGGCAACUUCAAUCGCAUGUUUACCGACAGCUCACCAGUACGCGUUGACCACCGGGCCGGGGGCCUGGCCGUAACGCGAACGACAGGCCGACCGCAGAUGGAUUCUGCCUUAACAGUGGGUAACCGCACUCCGCGGGACACAAACGACAACCUGCAGCCACAGUACCGCCCGGGGUUGAACCGGCUCCCGACCCUGUCCAUGGACAGCCGUCAGAGGGCGACAAACAGCCACAGCAGCGGGAGAACCCACCGACUGGUCGGAACGCCAAGAGAGCGGCAGACAGCUGGCUAUCCAAUGCCUGGAUUUCACUGACGAGAAUUUAGGAAUUCGGACAUCACUGGUCUCUUUGACGAACAAGACAAGGCGCAUACCUAAUAAUGAAGAGAGCGGGGCAGUGCUAUCAUAUAGGAUUACCCAUAUAACGCCGAUGAAUGGACGAAAUCCAGCACCCAGCGAAUAGGCAUUCUGAAUCAAAACAGGCAGUUCCCAAUACAGUCAGCCACCUGGGGUGCAUUCGAGCGUGCUACUCGUGCUAACAUGAGUAUACUCCUGAGCGCCCGAACGGCAGGAGUACGACCCGCGGGUGAGCAAGAGUAUACUCUCCGUCAUACCCGGAGUAUACUCCUGCACCGGGAGUAAUGCGCACGCAACAUUUUCCUGCACUCGGGAGUAGCAAGAGUAACACGCUUGAACGCACCCCUGAGGUCACUACGGAGAGUCAAUGUUUAGCAAUGCAGUGUGCAAGACGGUCAACAAAUUUACCAUGGCACGGUACACUUAAAAUUGUUAGUUUGUCCGAUCAGUAGGUUCGUAAGCGUAUACAUGAAUCAAGUGAGUAUCUUUUUACGUUUUAUUUCCACGGCGGUGUGAAACACGCCAUUGGCUUGAGCUGCUUAUGUUGGUUGGUUGGUGAGUUGGCUGGUGGGUAAUUGGUUGGUGGACACUUUACUCGGCCCAUUAUACUGUUUCCAUGCAUGCCACGCAUGUAUCACAGCUUUGGCAGUGAGUUUCUGUGGAAUACCUGCAGUUUUGUGACACUGAUACGCGCGCAUGCAUCUGAUUUGCAUAUUAGAUCACGCCCCAUUGCAAAGCCAAAUUCGCGGUUUAAAGUUUGUGGAACCGCCGUGGGUUGUACCACUUGGUACUUGUUUAUCUAGAUAUGGUGUUUUGUGCUAGGCCAAAGAAUGCUUUGCCUUGAUCUAUCAACAAUUCCUGAGGUUGUCUACUGACAUUCGUUUAUAUCGCGGCAUGUCGGCCAUGCUUUUGUCGACCGAAAAAUUAACUCUCUGUGGAACCUCUUGGUGGCUCACUGGAUUGGGAAUCACUGGUAUUGAUUCAGAAAUGGCUAUUCACUGGAAGUCUUAUCAUGCAUCUGGUCUACACAAUGGGCCGGAUUUCGCCCAUUCGUUGGCGUUAUAUGGUGUAUCCUAUAUGAUCAAUCAAUCAAGUCGAGGCGCUUUGGCAGCUCGAGCCCUCCCAUUGAUCUGGGUCCAGAUGUUGGUUCAGCAUGCAGGAGCGCAGCUCCUCGGCAGUGGUCAAGCCGGUGUCCUGUUUCAGCAUGUCCACGAGGGAGAGACUUCAGAGAGGCAGUGGCAGAGAGGCAGAGGGAGAGGCAGUGCCCUUGUGGGCUCCCAGAGAAUGAUCGGGCUAGCGGCCAGCUCCAGGUGACAGACGCAAUGCCCUGCAAGCUUGAGACAACGUUCCCGGAUCUUUUUCGUCACCUUCGGCAUGCCAGCGUAGAGGCCUACAUUCCUUAUGUGAUCCUGCCACUCUGUAAUAGCACUGCCCCACUCUCUUCGUUAGUCAGCAACCAGGGCAAAAGUGACAGUCGGGGAGUCGGUCAGUCAGAUAGGUACUUAAAGGACACUAGGUAUUUUCUCCAAGCAAACUUGUAUCCUUGAUCCUGAUUGGUGGUAUCCAUGGCAACAAUGGUGAUAUGAGGCUGUAUUGCAUGGUCCAUAUCGCACCCUGCGUGUUGCGCUCUUCCAAGAUGCGAGCGACAUUCCAGCUGCAUGCGCUAAAUCACUAAAAGUUCAUGUAGAGCAUACUAGUUCCACCUUUACUGCGCGUCAAGAUUGCUUAAAGAUAAAUUCGUUAAAUUUCCCUAAACUUUAUUUCACCAGCUUUUAGAUUCCAAGCACAAGAAAUUCCUAAUUGGCGAACAAAUCUAAAUAUUUCUCUUGAUUUUAGAGUGCUAAUUUACAUAAUGUCAGAGUAUUGGAGUAAACAGAUUCAGCUUUAGCACUUUUACUAGAAAGUAUCCCGAAUCCGCCAAAAUCCACCAAUUUUGUCACGCAAACCAUGUUGGUGUCCCGAGUCCAUCAGAAUCCACCAGUGUAAAUACUGAAGGCACCCUGAAUCGGUCAAAGAAGAAAUAAAAUCUGGGGUAAAUUUA